AUGAACAUAACAAACGGAACGGCUCCCACGCCCAUGAAUCCGGCAUGGGUCGCUGAGAGCAACACCGCCCGCAUCAUCACUGUCGUAACUGUUUUUCAUCUCCUGGCGCAGACGAGCGUUGCGCUGCGGAUAUAUGCCAGAAUAUGGGUCAUCAAGGCGCCUGGGUGGGAUGAUGCGGUCAUGGUCUUAUCGAUCUGCGCCUGGGGAGGAUGGAUCUCAUUCGUUAUUCAAGCGCAAUAUGGUCUUGGCAAACACUUCUCGACCAUCGACAAGAAGUAUGACUACGUCGUGUUCAACCACGUCUCUAUCGCCCUUAGUCUCUUGCGUUUGAGCAAGACUGGAUGGUAUAAGUGGGCAUUAUGGUCAACUAUUGCUCUUGUCUUAUUCUACUCGAUUGGCGGCAUGUUUCCGUUCUUCCUUCACUGCAAACCCCUGUCAGGAUUCUGGGACAGGAACACGACACCGCCUCCAAAGUGUAAGGAUGGCAAUAACAUCAAUCUGUUUGGUAUCAUCAACACAGGAUUCAACAUCUUCACCGACGUAGUUCUAGCCACCCUGCCUGUGCCAAUCAUAUGGAAUUUGCAGAUGAAGCGCAGACUCCGUCUCUACGCAAUUGGAAUCUUGAGCUUAGGAUACUUUGCUGUCGCGAUGGGCAUAGUCAAAGCAGUAUACCAGCUCAACAACGACAGCGAGCCUGACAAAACUUUCAACAGAAGUAUUCAAUUUUGGGGCUUCCUGCAGUUGCAGGUCGGUAUCAUUGCGGCAUGCGCACCGGCUUUGAAACCUCUUGUCAAUAAGUUACUCAACCUAUCAGCAUAUAAUCAGCAUCUCCCAGACGCAUGUGGCAAGCGGUCGCAACAGACUGGCUCUGGACCAAGAACGCUCGAGUACGACACCUCCCGCAGCCGCAGUGACGGGACAACCAGAAGCGAUCAGUACGAACUCGAUGAAUGGGCCUUGGAUCCACGAUAUGGUACACAAACGGGCGAGAUCAGACUGCACACCAUGCAACCUCCAGCAGGCAUAAUGCUCAGUGAGUAUGAUCGAAGUAAGGCCUUGCGCAUAGAAGAGGAAACCGCGAUACAAGUCCAGUCGAGCAACUUGCAUGGGAUCAUCAAGACGACUGAGUUUGCUAGGAGAUCUGAACAUCUUGACUAG